AUGGUCGUCAAUAACUCCCCCCUCCCCACUCUCUAUCCCCCCUCUCCCCCUUUCUCCCCCCUCCCCACUCUCUAUCCCCCCUCUCCCCCUUUCUCCCCCCUCCCCGCUCUCUAUCCCCCCUCUCCCCCUUUCUCCCCCCUCCCCCCUCUCUAUCCCCCCUCUCCCCCUUUCUCACCCCUCCCCCCUCUCUAUCCCCCCUCUCCCCCUUUCUCCCCCCUCCCCCCUCUCUAUCCCCCCUCUCCCCCUUUCUCCCCCCUCCCCCUCCCCCCUUCCGUUCUCUCCACGCUCCCCCCUGGUUACCUCCGUCUUUUCACCGCGAUGCGGCAGAGGACGAGAUGCGGCAGAGGACGAGUCCCAACACCCACAUUGUCGAUUUCGCCAAUAAUUCAUUCUCCCUGUUCUCUUUCCCCCAUCUCUUCCUACCUCCUCGCCUUCCCCUUCUCCUCUCCCUACCCCUCUCUCCCUUUCUCUCUGCAGGACGCGGCAGAGGAUGAAUCCAACAUCCACAUAGUUGACUUCGCCAUGUGGGCAGGCCAGUGGCCAAUCGUCAUCCGCCAGCUGGCGGCAGCUGCCCGGAAAAGAAUGGCAGCAGCCGCUGUUACCAUCAAAAGCCAUAACAGCAGCAGCAGCAGCGGCAUUGGUAUCGCCGUAGACCCUCCCUUCGGGCAUCCCUACGGGACCGGCCCGAAGCUUCCUGCGGCUUUCCUGCAGGCUGAGCUGGCGCGGGCGGCGCAGGAGUGCGGCGUGAGCUUGUCCUUUUCCCGGGUCGAGGCGGCGCCGGAGACGCUGCGGGCGGCGGCGAUUGGAGUGGAGCGUGGGGAGUGUGUGCUGGUGAACGUGGCCGGGCGGCUGGCUUGUGUGGCAGACUCUACAGUGCUGAGACACAGCCCAAAGGACACAGCAAUAAAGGCGAUCAUGCAGCUAGACCCAAAGGUGGUGGCGCUGGUCGAGUGGGACUCCAACCAGCAGCAGCCCUUCUUCCUAUCUCGCUUCCGAGACGCCCUCCUCUUCUUCCACAACAUCUUCACUUCUCACGAUGCCCUCGCCUCACGCUUUUCCUUCGGCCGCCGCGGCUUCGAGGAGUUUGUUCUCGCACGGGAAAUGGUGAACCUGGUAGCAUGCGAAGGCAUGCAGAGGCUGGUGAGAGCUGAGAGGUUGGACCAGAUGCAUGCGCGGAUGGGGAGGUUGGGGGUGGCGGCACGGCCGUUCAGCAAGAGGAGCAUGUGGGGGUUGCGAGAGCUGAUCGCGCCGUACCCCAAAGGGUUUGCGGUCGAGAGGCAUCCGGCUGGGGGUGUGCGGCUGAUGUGGAAUGGCCAGUCGAUUCUGGGUGCCUCUGCUUGGACUCCAGGAGGGGGAGAUGAGAGGAGGAUGGAUAGAUGA